AAACAACAUUUGAUUCCUUUCAGUAGCGGCUACAAUAUGAUACAGCAGAAGGUGGCAAUGUUGGAAGUUCGAACCAACAUAUAUCGUGUGUGUAACCAACAUUUUAUUUUGAAAAGCCAACCCUUAUUCUAAAAAAAGAUCCAGGAAGUAGCGUAACAAACGAGAUGUAAUGUGAAGUAUAUGCUAUAUGGUGUGAACUGUGUUGUCUCAUGACGUUGACGGAAUACUCAAAUGCAAAUGUGUUUAACAUAAAGGACAUGUACGAUACAGUCGCCUUUAACGCUCAGCUGGCCUCCAUCAUUGAGGUUUUGGCAAAUGCAGCUGUUGCCGAAAUCUGCAAACUUGUAGAUGACGGCCAUGCUGCCUUACGUUUGGAAAUUUCCCAUAGUCAGAGAGAAAUCGAUAACCUGCGGAGGAAGCUGCUUUUGACAAAAUUCCAGAAUUCUCGACGAAGCGCAGAAAGAUUUGGACCCCUGCGACGCACAGUUCACAGGCGCGUUGACAGCGGUCAUAUUGUUCGGGGAAGAGGGAGCUUCGUAGGAAAGUCAACAGGUAGAGAUGGAUAUUUGGGAAAUCGUCUUGACGAGAGUGAUGGAGGCAACUUUAUGCAGGAUGUCACCAACUGGAGAGACGCAGGACUCACAGGGAUAGACCAGGAUGGGGGCAUGCAGACAGCAGAUAUGCAAGAGGCACCUCUUAUCAAAAUGGAGAACUUUCACACCAGCAGAACAGAAGAGAUUGUCCAACCAGUCAGUGAGAGCAGUGAGAAGGUCAUUGUGCCAGAACCAGGUUCUUCAUCAUCUACUGAACCCACAGACCUUCUAGACCAGCAGGGCAACAGACACAGAGCUCCAGACACCUCACUCAACAUAGAACCUGACAACCAGACGUUCCAGCAUCCAGCGUCACAAUACAACAGAGCAAGACAAGACCACCAGGUUGCUGAGGGUGUGACCUGGGAAACUGACCAUCAACCCAUAGAAUACAGCCUGUCCCAAUGGACAGAGAACCAAGAUACUGACAACCCAACUGUGAAUGCUCCUCACAAUUUAGGGCCAGACUCCAAAAUGCUGUCUGAACAUCCAGAGAGGAGAGGGGUGCCUGGUAACUCUGGGGUCUACAUGUCUGCUUUGGGCUCUCUGGACUGGCUGCCUGAUGUGGUGAUGGUGGACUCAGUUCCCAUUAAAGUGGAGGCAGAUAUGAGUUCAGAAUGGAGCAUAACUGGCCAAGAGGUGACAUCUGGAGACAUCUGUUCAGAAAGCAGGCAGCUUGUGGACAACAGAGGAAGAGGGGGAAUGGAGUCUGGACAGACAAAGUCUCCCCAUGACACUCAAAACACAGAGCAAGCGACAACUGGAGGAUCAAGGUUCAAGAUGUCGGAUUUCAAUGGACUGUCCACACGAAUCAGCAUUUCAUCCCCAAGGGUUACUCUCCACCAGGUUCCCCAAAGAAGGAAGCCAGCACCCUUCCCAAAUUUCAGAGGCUCCACUUCUUCAUUGAAAGUCAUAGAAAAGCAGCCACAACAGCUGACGUCUCACUCCACCCAGAGGCAGCUCCGGUGCAGCCUCUGUGGAAAGCCCUUCCACCAGCUGGCGAACCUGCGGAGUCACAUGCGGGUCCAUACGGGGGAGAAACCGUACGGCUGCAGCCACUGCACCAAGCGCUUCUCCCACAGCCACCAGCUGAAGAUGCAUGAGAGGGUGCACACCGGAGAGAAACCAUUUCAAUGUGUCUACUGUGGGAAGUGCUUCACCCAGUCUGGCCACAUGAAGAAGCAUCUCCUUGUCCACACUGGUGGCAGGCAACAGGAUAUUGGGCUGCCCUGAGGGGAGUUUUUCUACACCACGUGACCAGACCAGGGAAAAACUGGUCUUCCCCCAUAGUUCAUCUUCCAACCUAGUUGUAAGGGGAAUGGCUCCACACUACUGGGGUUUUCAUAUGAACACUGGGUCCAUGUGUUUUUAACAGUUUGCAUAGAUACCACAUUGAAUGCUUCCCUCUUUGUGUAGUGGUUGUGUUUUCAGUUCAGCUGGCUUGAUACUUGGUCCAGAGUGAACUGAUAAUGUAUAUUAUUAAAGGUGAAGAUUUUAAACAUCACAUUUGAGUCAAUUGGCAGAAGCUCUUAUCCAUAGCAACUUACAAGUGCAAUAAGAGUUAAGUACAUUGCUCAAGGCACAUCAACAGAUUUUUCAGCUUGGUUGGCUUCGCAAUUCAAACCUGUGACUUUUCGGUUACUGACUCAAAGCUACCUACUGUUACUACCUAAGCUACCUCAAAGGCUACCUACUGCUAGGCUACAUCCUUAUGAAUUUGUUACCAAUCGUAUUCAUAUCAAACAGCAGUUACGAGUUCAGGAAGCACUGGACAGGUGCCUAGGCGAGCGAGGUCUGUUGGUGUUCGAGAGCUCGUUUUUGUUUUUACUUGGACGAACAGAGCCGGGGAGGAGGAGGAAGGCGCAGGUCUCCCAGAUGCCAGCACACUCCUGGGUCUGGAAAAGGACCUGGCGACCCAGCAGUUGCAAGGAGAGAGAGUGCUGACUGGAAUGAAUCCCCACAGUUAUCAUGGUCUGGGGAAACUUCAUCUCCUGGAGGUAAGUACAGCUCUUGUAGAUUUAUCUCACAUAGAACAACCAGAAAAUCACUUUCCUGCUUUCCUAAUAUCAUUAUUUUAAACCGCUCACUUUGUUUUGGAUUCUCCAUACAUGAUUCGACUGAAAAUAAUGUUUAGAUGACCAUGCAUUUAAUACAUAUACUUAUAUAAGGAUGAUUCCUCACAAAACUAGAACACUUUUUUUUCAUGAAAUGCAAUCCGUAGAAUGUUCCUUUGGAGGAAGGAUUGUUGGGAUAUAUUUGACAUUUAACUUAAAGCAUAAUUGACAAGUAUUUAAUUAAAGUUGGAAUAUUUGUUAUGUUGUUGUCUUAGGUCUCUCUUUAUGUUGUGUUGUCUCUUGUCACUAUGUUUUUUUUUCUUAUUUGUGUUAUAUAUAUUUAACAUCUUUAAUCCCAGCCCACGUCCCCGCACGAGGUCUUUUGCCUUACUGUCAUUGUGAAUAAGAAUUUGUUCUUAACUGACCUGCCUAGUUAAAUAAAAGUGACAUUUUGGCCUUACCAGGCCUCCUUUAAGAGUACAUAUUUCAGUUGUAGGUGCUACAAAGCAACAUUUGGUGUCAUAUUCAACUUUACUGCUUGCUCUGUAAUAUGAGUAGUAUUUUGAUUGCAAUAACACAUUUUUUACAUUCUUUUUACACGCUUCAGCACUCGGCGGUCCUGUUCUGUGAGCUUGUGGGGCCUACCACUUCGCAGCCGUUGUUGCUCCUAGAUGGUUUCCACUUCGCAAUAACUGCACUUAAAAGAGUUGAGCAGGGCAGAUAUGUGAUGAACUGACUUGUUGGAAAGGUGCCAUUCUAUGAUGGUGCCACAUUGAAAGUCACUGAGCUCUUCAGAAAGGCCAUUCUUUUGCAACUGUGUCUAUGGAGAUUGCAUGGCUGUGUGGUCAAUUGUAUACAAGGGUGUGGCUGAAAUAGCCAAAUCCAAUCAUUUGAAGGGGUGACCACAUACACUAUACAUACACACAAAAUGUAUUAUUUCCCAUGUUUAUGGCCAAUAGGCUAUAACGGCCUGGGGGAGUUGUGUAAUUCAAAUAAAACCAGAGAGGAAGAGGCGAAUGUGUAAGACAAGAAGACGUUGGAAGAUGCAGAUGACCAAAACAGAGCACGCUUCUGCCUUCUGCUUCUCUCUCGUUCACGCUGGCCUGCCUGUCUCUUCGCUAAUGAUGCUAGUUAGUGUGUGUUCAGUCUUUGGUCUGUUGCGUGUAGAAUAUCCUAGCCAAUUCAUGGCACCGAUUUCUACAGUCAGUCUUGCUGGUACGAGGUAGUCUACUCGAACUUUUUGUCUCAUAUGAAAUUAUAGUAGACUUCCGGUAGCCUGUAUCGAUUACGCUUUUCAGCCAUAAUGGAAUGUGACCCCUUCAAAUCCCGUCGGCUACUGCAUGUUUGUUUCUCUGUCUGUUAGGGUAGGUAUUACACUAUGGUUUUUAAAAUACCGACACAAAACCUUAUCUGGUGAUAUGAACGGAUAUUUUAUUUGUCUGUAAAGGAAUGCCAUUAUGCCGCUAAUGUUUAGCUAUUACUCAGGACAAUAAGAAAUCCUAUUGGCUUUUUAUUAAUUCUAUAUUGAGAUAUUUAAAUAUUUCUACUGUUACAUUGGUCAGCGUUAGAAUGCAUUCUCAGUGUGGUGCUUCAGUUAGUUUUGAGACUACUAACCCUUAGCCUACUAUUCAAUUGAUUUACUUUAAAUUGAAGGAAUGUAUUUAUUCCCUUUAAAUUAAGGUUGUAUGCUGAUUCUGUAUUUUUUCUACUUGAACCAAAUAGUAAAAU